AUGAUCCUUGCGCUCCCGCCUUGGGCACCCGCCGUGGUCUUCGUCCUGGCACAUCUCAUAGGAGCUGGGGGCGCGUUCGAACAUCAGAUCAUCAACUUUAAUUUCGAAACCGUGCAGGUGACCUGGGACGCCAACCAGCCCCCGGGGACCAACUUGACUUUUCUCUACGGAUUUAAAGGGAUGCCCGUCAGUGAAUGCUCCAACUACCUCCUUCAGGACGGACGUCGGUCUGGCUGCCUCCUAGUGGCCGAAGGCGAUACGAUUCUCAACUUUUCCAUCUGGAAUGGGACCCAGCACCUCAAGAACAGGAGCCUAUGGAUCGCCGAUUACUGUAAGUGCCACCCAGAGGGAAAGCAUUGCCUGUUCUCCUCCCCGAUCGAGGGCCCCCCGUGCUCACCCCAACAAGGAAGACGCCAGCCUUCCGGAACAUUCCACGGCCAAGAAACUCAUCCAAAGGCAGAAAUGACCUGCAACGUGACCAUCCAGGACUUGGAUGCUGAGAAGUGCUACUCCUUUCGAGCCAGAGUGACCACCACGGAGCCCACCUAUCCAUCCCGCACAACCUACCCCAGCGACUGGUCGGAGGUGAUCCACCAGCAGAGGGGGCAGCCACAAGAUUCGUGCCAGGAGGAAAGGGUCUUCCCCAAACCCGUUCUGAUUUACGGCCUGGCCGCCCUCCUGCUCCUCCUCCUCCUCCUCCUGUGUGUGUGGAAACUCCAGAGAGUGAAAAGGCUGCUCAUGCCCAGUGUCCCGGACCCCAAGGCCACCUUCGCGGGGCUGUUCGAGUCCCACCAGGGGAACUUCCAG